AUGUGUGUAUGUCAACGAAUAAGGGCAGAAGGGAAUGUUGCCGAUCGCUACCGAAUGACAGUCAGCAGCAAACUUUACCAUCAAAUAUACUUGUUGUCAAACAAAACACGGUGCAUUUUUGUCAUAUCUGUAUAAUUAGUGUAUAUCUAAUGCAUUUUCGGUUUAUAAGUGAAUCAUUACACAGUAGGAAAUUGAAAUUAAAUUAUUUGUGGAAUAUUAUCUUGAAAACGUGUGAACACCAAUCCAGUUACAAAUUGGAAAAUUGCUAAGCUUGUUGAUUCGAACUCAUCCCCAACUGUGCUUACAAGCGAACAUUUGGACGAGAUGGGCAUUGGAAUGCUCGACUCAGAGGAAAGCUCGUCUUCUGCCGCCUCCGCCAUAGCAUUAGUGUUGAGCGCUAGUGCAGAUGAGAAUUCCAACGGAGUUACACCUAAUUUGGAUGCACCGAAAAUGUGCCAUCAACGUAUCACGUCCUAUCGCACAUUAGAUACCACCUUAGACAGCACUUUCAAUAGUGAUACAAACGAUAGCACCACAAUUGCGACUCCGGGCAGAGGAUUGAUAGAAACAGAUUGUAUUAAUAUACACCAUAACAAUAAUAAUUGUAAUAAUAACAACAAUAACGUAAUGGAUGCUUAUGGUGACAACAACAAACAGAUCACUCAACAACAAAGCGGAGAUAAAGUAUUACUUCCAUAUAGGAAGGUAGCUAUACUUGGUAUGGGAGCGGGGAAUCCUACAAGCAGCUCAACAACACAUACAACGGCAAUCGCCACACAGUCGUACACCACAAAUUCAAAUUCGAAUUCUCCUUCUGCUGGAAGAAGCACACGUAGUCCCUUGGCCAUUGUGUCAGGCAGUAACAAAAAUCGCAGAGGUACAACACAAAAUAUACAACAACAACAGAGCAUAAAUAUUGGCAUUAAUAAUGGCGGGUUAUCGCCAAAUAGUUAUAUGUGUAUGCCUUCAACCAGUAAGCAAUCACUAUUCAGACAACAACAGCGACAGCAACAGCAACAACAACAACAACUAAUAAAUACUCAAAAUCAGAAUAAAAGUCAAAAUCGCCCAACGCAACCGGCAAAUAAUCAACAGCCACCAAUGGUUUUAUACGAUAACUUCUUUCUGUUUAGACAGCAACAGAUGCGAGAGCACAUUUCCGAUGGCAAAGAUCACUUUAGCACUUUAUCAGAUGAGAUAAUUUUACAAAUUUUCAAAUGGUUGCCGAAGAAAGCACUUAUACGUUGCAGUUAUGUUUGUCGGCGGUUUAAUAGAUGCGCCAGUGAUGAAUCACUAUGGACGCGUUUGGACUUGGGCGGACGACAUUUGCGUGCGGGUGCUUUGGAAAAUAUUCUCACACGCGGUGUGGUAAUAUUGCGUUUGGCCCAAGCCGAGUUGAAUCAUCCCAUAUUCGAUAGUGACUUUCUACAUGCAGAACCAAAAUUCGAAUCAAAGUUGCAGUAUUUAGAUCUAAGUAUGGUAUCGGUUACAAAACCGUCGCUCAAGAUGCUGCUAUCGCGAUGUCGUCAACUGAAAAAGCUCAGCUUAGAGCAUGUACCAAUUAACGAUGAAAUUUGCAAUGAAAUAGCAAAGAAUACCAACUUAGAGGCACUCAAUUUAGCCAUGUGCAUUGGAUUGGAGGCGUGGAGUGUGCGCAAAAUAAUGGAAUCAUUACAAAAUUUAAACAGCUUAAAUAUCUCAUGGACAAAUCUGUCUGUGGAUGCCGUUACAUCGGUGGUGACAAAUGUGACACCAAAUCUUUUGCGUUUAAAUAUGGCAGGUUGUCGUAAGACAUUGUACGAUUCACAUGUGGCGAGCUUAGCUAAACGUUGUCCACAACUUUUAGAAAUCGAUUUUUCCGAUUGCACUGCACUGACUGGCAAUGUCAUCAACAUUAUUUGCAGAUUUAAAAUGCUUGAAUAUUUAUCACUUUCGCGCUGCUAUCUUAUUCCUGCCUCUGCCUAUAUGGAACUCAAUAAUUUACCUACACUCACCUAUCUCGACAUAUUUGGUAUGCUCUCAGAGACUGGCAUGGAAUUGUUGGAGCAAAACUUUCCCAAUAUAGGAAUUAAUAAGUUCAUACAUAGUUCUGUAGCUAGACCGACAGUGGGCACACGCCGCACAUCAGUGUGGGGACUUCGUACACGUGACUAGAAUAUAAACAUAGACGAAAAUAAUAUAUGUGUAUUAAUCUUAGUAACAGCACAGAAAUCCACUGCAGUUUCGUAUUAGUUUUUUUUUUAUUAAUAAUUGUUUUAUAUAUGAUACAAUUAGUUACUAAUAAAAUUGUCAUAUUGUCAAAAAGCGUUUGCGCGUUUGGAAAGAAACAUUAAUUAAGUUAAAUAUUAUGAAGAAAUAAUUUCAUUGUUAUAGUUUUAAAUAAGGGUACAAUUAGUGAUGUCUCUUUUCGUAUGCCUACAAUAAAUAAAUAUUUAAGGUCAUCUGUCACAACUAAUUGAUGUCUGGAGUUUCUAUUUUUUGUUGUUGUGUUUAAUUGGCAUUUCAUUAUGGAUUGACUUACACCUGAACAACGUUUACAAAUUGUUCAGCUUUAUUACGAAAAUUCACGUUCUGUAAAGAAUGUGUUUCACGCGUUUCUCUCAACUGACGGUCAACAUAAUUGGCCUACUGAGUGUACUAUUCGCAACACCAUCAUCCAUCUUGAGACCCAGUAUUCAUUAUUGGAAAAUAUUCGACCGAAGAGAAAAACGUAACCGUCAUUGCCGACCGUUAUCGCGCCUUAAUAACCGAUUAUUUGAUGCCUGAAAUGGAGCUCUUGAUCUCGGCGACAUUUGAUUUCAACAAGUUUCCCACACAUCGCAUAAAUCAAUGAAUUUGUUGAGAGAACACUUCUGUGAGCAGAUAAUUCCACGUUUUGGGCCGGUCUAUUGGCCGCCUAGUUCGUGUGAUACCGUUAGACUUUUUCCUAUAGGGGUAUGUAGCAUAUGCGGAUAAUCAAGCUUCCAUGCUGGUCGUGUAGCAAACCAUUACGCGUGUCAUUUGCCAGUUACCAGUCGAAAUGAUCGAAAGAGUCAUCGAGAAUUGGACUCAAUGGAUGGACCAUCUAAGACGUAGGCGUGGCCAAGAUUGAAAUAGAUAAUUUUUAAGAAAUAAAUGCCAAACAAUGUUCUUUCGAAUGAUAAUAAACAUUCCCCAUUAAAUUAGAAUUUUCUGUGGUUUUUCUUUAAAAAAGUAGGGAAUCUCUAAAUGGUUUACCCUAUAUAAAAAUUAUAGCAACAAAUAAUUUUCUUCGAAUGUAAAUAAUUUGCAUAAUUUAUUAAACAUUUCACAUACUUACGUAUUUAUACGUAUAUAUAUGUAUGUAUGUAUUUAUGUACUUAUGCAGCUUUUCUUGGUAUUUGUAUGAACAAAAAUUAAAAUCGAAUAAAAUGAUUUACAAAACGUAAGAAUAUGAUUAUGUUAGUAUUGCAUGUAUGAAACAUAAAAAUAAUUUUUAAUAGGUAAAUACAUAAAUGUAUGUAUGUAAAAUGACAAA